CACAGACUACCUAGGGAAGCUUCAUGCUGGUAGCAAAAUUGACUCUACAGGAAAGAAUAAACUUCGCCAAAGAACAAAUAUGUCAUGGACGUUCGCAGCUGGCUACAACACACAGUCGAUCGUGCUUCACCAAAUGCUCCAGAGCUGGAGCGUCCCGACACCGUCAAAAGCCCACAUACAUCACCUGAUCGGGAUGUGAGGCACCGGCAGAAGUACUGUAGCAAGCGCAAACGCGAGCAUCGGCCACUCAGGAGCUCUCGAGUCCAAAGUCAUACACACGAAUUUCAAGAGUCGUCUGACAACAAUACCAGUGCCGUGGAGGAAAGAAGCAUCACCAGAUCCCCUUCGGCCGACAAUCGAAACAGCGAGCAUGCAUCAGAUAGUGCGAUAGGGGCGAUCAGUCUUCGAGGACCAUAUGAUAGACGAGCUCGUCGGAAGACUCGACCGGAUCGGUAUGAGCCAGUACCGAAACAGGCACCAAAAGCUGCAGUCAAGAAGACGGAGAGAAGGUCGAAGAGGACAGGGCAGAAGAAGAGACGUGCCAAGGAUGGCGCGCGAACACGAGCCCUUGUCCAGAGCUUUGAGAUGAGGAAUGGCCCAAAGAAGAAGCGCCUGACGCUACGAACGAGCGAUAAUCUCGGAAUUUUCAGACACGGACGGGCUUCACAUCAGACUUCUGGCGGGCGAGCAGGCUGUGGGUCAGGUCCAUAUUUUGCUAUCACUAUUCACUGACCUGUACACAGUACCAGAUCUUGCAUUCAAUGAGAUGAAGUUCUUACAAAAGAUGGAUACUCAGGGCGACGAUCAAGUAUCACAUGAUCCGUCUCGAAG